AUGGCGGAGACGCUGAACGAGAUCCUGAACAACUAUAUCGCCAACGACACGACAACCAAGGACAAGCUCCUUGGAGCAGCCUUCGUCGUCGUAAACAAAGAUGGAAUCCUUUACCAAGGCGCCGCCGGCCGCACGCGCCUCGCCCCUGAUUCCCCAACCUUCACCACCCACUCAAUCGCCUGGCUCGCCUCCGGCACCAAACUGAUCACCACAACCACGCUCAUGCACCUCCUCGAGCACAGCGCGCCCACGCUGACCCUGGACACCGACGUGCGGCCGCUGGUGCCGGAGCUGGGCGCGCUGCCGAUCCUGUCGGGCUUCGAGCCGGCCUCCGCCGACGGCAGCAGCAGCAACGGCGGAAGCGGCGCGCCGAUCCUGACGCCCAACACGCAGCCGAUCACGCUGCGGCAGCUGCUGACGCACACGUCCGGGCUGGGCGUCGACGUGGCGGACCCGGACCUGCAGCGCUGGGCGGCGCACGUCGGGCGCACGGCCAACGUCGGCAGCUGCACGCUCGAGGGCUGGGCCGCGCCGCUCAAGUUCGCGCCCGGCGCCGCCUGGUACUACGGCACCGGCCCGGACUGGGCCGGCCAGGUCCUCGAGCGCGCCGUGGCCGCGCGCGGCGGCGGCGGGAAGCGCACGCUGGGGGAGUACAUGCGCGAGCACGUGUUUGGGCCGCUGGGCUUGCGCGCGACCGGGUUCCGGAGGAGGGAGGUGUUGACGGCCGGCGGGGAGGCCGCGGAUGAGCGAUGGGUGCCGGUUGCCGAGAGGGAUGCGGAGACGGGGGAGUUCAAGGAGGGGAGGGUGCCGUGGCCGGAGGAGCCCGUGCUGGAGAGCGGCGGGGCCGGGUUGUAUUCUUGCGCGGAGGAUUACGCGAAGGUGAUGCAGGCGCUGCUGAGGGCUGCCGCGGGGGAAGAGGAGGGGUUGGUGGUCGGGAAGGACACGGUGCGGGAGAUGCUGCGGCCGCAGCUGAACGAGACGCAACGGGAGUGGUGCAAAGGGAUUGUCUUCAAGUAUGGGUCGGCGGCGGAGCUGCCGCCCGAUACGCCGGUGGAUAGCGGGAUCGGGGGGAUCAUGAAUGUGGCGGACGUGGAGGGCAAGAGGAGGAAGGGGAGCAUCAUGUGGUCCGGGAUGGCCAAUAUGCGCUGGUGGAUCGAUCCCGAAACGGGCAUUGGGGGCGUGCUCCUUGUGAGCGUCCUGCCCUACUGCGACGCCACGGUGUUGAAGAUGUAUGACGAGCUGGAACGGGCUGUGUAUGGAGAGCUCGUGCCUCGAUGGAAGGGGGCGUCGCAGUAA